AUGAUUCAAGUAGGCCACCAGGCUAGGAUUGGUAGGUUCACAGGCACUGUCAAAUUUGUAGGCGAGACCGAAUUUGCCAAGGGCGUUUGGUGUGGUAUCGAACUGAAUGAUAAAUCCGGCAAAAAUGAUGGCUCUGUGAAUGGGAUCAGGUAUUUCGAAACUGUAAAGAAAGGUGGGUUUUAUGGGCUCUUCGCAAGACUGGAAGCGGUUCAUGCUGUUGGAGAAGAUUUCCAGGAUGAGGAAACACCAAUUGAUGGUGAAUCAAGUGUAAAACUCCGAAAUUUGGUGGUGAGAUUGCAGGACAAACUCUACGAGAUUCAUAGCAGGUACAAAGAGCUAGAGUUGAAAGUCCAGCGUAGCAGACAUUUGGAGCUGGAAUUGGAGGCAUGUGUCAUGGAUAAGGAAGCACAGCAGUUGGAAAUUGAGGAGUUAGCCGAUGAACUUGCCAGGCUGAAAAAAAAGCAUAAAGAUUCACUUAGUCACAUACAUGAGCUUGAUGAAGAAAUCAAUCUGCGGAGAAGUAUCGAUCUUGAAGAAUGGAAUGCACAAGCGUCCUCAGAAACUCUGUGGAAACGUAAUAAGCUUCUGGAAUCGACACUUUUUAAGCUUCAAAGUGCCCUAGAAAAUUCACGUCAGCGAAAUGAGGAGCUCGGAAAGCAAAACGAGGUCAUUACCCGCGAGCACAGAACGGUGAGGGAUGAGUUGGAAAAUGUCAGCCAAGAAUUGGAAGAUUGUCGUCGCUUGAUAGAAAAUCUCAGCUCCCAAUUGGAAUCCGAAGUGUCUUACGAUCACAUCGUAGACAAGCUUACACAAGAAAAUGCCGAUCUACAGACACAGGUAGAAGAGUACAAGAUGAUCACGGAAGAGCUUCAAGCCGAAUGCGUGAUUGCUAGGGAUCUUGAACAUAUCUACCGUGACCUCGAAGAAGAGCUUUCGGAGCAAUUACGCUGGCUGCGCGAGGACCUUAAAACUGCACAACAGAAAAUGAACGACCUUGAGUUCGAAAAUUCCGAGCUUUCCCAAAAAUUGACAGCCCGCGAUCCAUCCGUAGAACGCCAGUUCCAAGAACUCACGACCCAAAUUGAUGAAUUGCAGCUGAGCCUUCGCCUAAAGUCCCGCGACAACCAAUUUUUAAUGGAGGGCCUAGAUGAUAUAAACUUGAGGCAUCCCAUGCUCGUGUCUCGACAAUUUAAUUUCCUGUCGAGGUUCUUGGGCGAAGGCACGCCUGUAGGCUGCACCAAAGGACUCAAAGCAUCUUUUCUUCUUGAACUGGCAGCCCAAUUCUAUAUGUCAACAGCUCGUACGAACAAGCUUACCAAAUCAAACGCAUCAGAUCUCCAAUUCUUCACCGCAGAUCAAAUCGAAGGCUGGAAGAAUACUAUUAUCCGAAAUGAGUUUCCGGAUGAGCUUUUAACCUUGGGAAUGCGUCCAUACCUUGAUCUAAGGGAUUCUAUUUCGAGUACCGAUGCUUUGAUUCUUUUCCAAACGUUGCAGAAAGCAUCGACAGACUUGCUAAGUUCAGGUCGUGAUUUUGUUGGCGCACUGCGACUGAGCCUUUCCCAAUUGAUCGCGCUUUGUGACACAAAGUUAGAAUCAGUACCGGAAGGGGCCAUGGCAUUUGUUGAAAAGCACCAAGUUUUCGACUUACUCGCGUCCUUCUUUGAACAAGUUAUAUGCUGCUUAGAUUUCGAUGAUAUUGAGCAAGGAAAAAUGUUGAACUCUAUGGAAAAUCUUCUCAGCACAGUUCGCCAGCUCGAGGUAAUUGUGAAGUUUGAUCAUGAUCAGGAUCAGUCUGAAGGUUUGCAAAAUCAUACUAAAACCGAGGCUCCAGGCAAGACGAAUGAAAGCGAGUUAAAACUUUUGGAAAUGCGAGAUGUGAUCUCCGCUAAACAGUCUAGCAUCGAGGAGUUGACUCUGAAGCUCAAGUUUUUUGAAAAUAAACUAGAGCGACAAAAACUGCAAGAGGAUGUCGUUUUCAAACUUCAGACUGAGUUGUCGGCUCUCAAAUCAUCUGAAAAAUUAUUACAGUCUUCAGUUCGUAGUCUAGAGGCUGCCAAUCUAGGAAUGCAAGAAAAUCUAGAUGUUGAACGCAUCAAGCACAGAUUUCUGUUUCCUACUGAGAAGCUUGUUAAUCUGGCCAAGGAAACAGAUGGUGUUGAUCGCUUCAAACUGACCUGCCAAAUUAAUGAUCUGAAAGCAGUGAUUUCAAGUAGGCAAGACACACAAGACGUCUUGAAUGAAAAUCUGUGGCUCGAAACACCUUUGUGCUCGAAAGACGCAUUUGUGGGAACGAAUUUCUUCAACGAAUUAGAGCUGGCUCGCAAUAACUAUUCGCAGUUUUUAGAGACAGCUGACGUUGUGCCCAUUACGCUUGGAUCCUACAAAAGCAGUUCACUUGGUUAUUUUUGCAGAAGACUUGAUGAGAAGAAGGCUCUUUUGGAAAGUCAACUGUAUAAAUUAAGUGAUAUGUAA